GCAUUCAAUUCAUAUUUACAACUUCACAACUCGUAAAUACCAUCUUCCCAUUUGGUUUUAAACACACCAUUAUUACAGUUUAUUACUGCUCACCUUCAGACUCAUAAAGACAUCACAAGUCAUCAUGGCAAGUGUCCACUCCCUUCAGAGUAAAAGCUACACCCCAGUCUUUCAGGAACUUGUUGUAAGCUAGAAGUAAAAGGACUGUUAUUGGGCAUUGACAUGAUGACUAAAAUGAGUUGGAUUAUAACAAUUUAGGGAAGAAACUAAGCACAGACAAAGCUUAAAAUGAAGAGAAAUGGCAACCAAAGAUUCAUCAACAUGUGACCUGAAAGUUAUCCUUCUUGGCGGCAGAAACUCUGGGAAGAGCGAAGUGGGCAAUGUGCUGCUGGACAGGGAGGAGUUUGUCAUCAAGGAGCGGACUACGUGCUCUAGGAGGGUGGGAGAGGUGGCAGGUGGGUGGGUUACUGUGGUGGACACACCUGGCUGGUGGUGUGACUUCAAGGUGCAGGACACGCCUCAGCUGGUGAAAAGGGAGAUAGUGCGCAGUGUCUCUCUGUGCACCCCAGGACCCCAUAUUUUCCUUAUUGUCAUUAAGACACACUCAGUGUUCUGUGAGAAGCGUCGCAGGGCUGUAGAGGAGCACCUGGCUCUCCUCAGUGAGAGAGUGUGGAGUCACUGUAUGGUCGUCUUCACCUGCAGUGACUGGCCUGGACACAUGCACAUGGAGCAGCAAGUCAAGAGAGGAGGCACGGCCCCCCUGUGGCUGGUGGAGAAAUGCAGUCAUAGGUAUCACUGCCUCAACUUGAAGAGUGGACCAGGUGGAAAUCAGGUCACAGAGCUGUUCAGGAAGAUGCAGAGACUGGUGACAGAAAAUAGUGACAGCUGUUUUAAAAUGGAGGGACUGCUUUUACAAGAGGUGGAGGAAAAGAAGAGGAUAGUGGAGCAAAGGGCUCAGCAGAGAUUGAUGAAAAUGCAGAAACAGAGAUCUCUGCUCAAUGGGGAGUCAUGUCAUCUCUCCGAUAUCAGAGUCGUGCUGCUUGGAGCUCGGGGCUCAGGGAAGAGUUCAGCAGGAAACACCAUCCUGGGUCAAGGAGGAAGCUUUCAGGUCAGAAGGAGAACAGCGCAAUGCAUGGUGGGAGCAGGGGAUGUUGCCGGGAGACAAGUCACUGUGGUGGACACUCCAGGCUGGUGGAUGAAUUACUUCUCUCAGGAUAGUCCUGUUUUUGACAGACAGGAGAUAGUGUGUAGUGUAUCUCUUUGCUCCCCUGGUCCACAUGCCCUCCUGCUGAUGGUGCGUGUGGACCGGUCCUUCACAGAGACCAACAGGAGAGCUGUGCAGGAGCACCUAGAGCUCAUCACAGACACAGUCUGGGCUCACAUCAUCGUCCUGUUCAACUUUGGGGACUGGCUGGGAGACACAACCAUCGAGCAGCACAUUGAGAGUGAGGGGGAGGCCCUCCAGUGGCUUGUGGAGAAGUGUGGCAACAGGUAUCAUGUCCUCAACAAUAGAAGCAACUCAGGAUUUCAGGUUACGGAACUGAUGAGAAAGAUUGAGGAACUGAUGUCAUGCAACAGCAGUUGUUACUGUAAGAUUGAGGGUGGGAUUCUGCAGGAGUUGGAGGAGAAGAGGAGGGAAGAACAGAAAAGAGCAGGGGAGAGACUGACGAGCAGGCAGAAACAAAGAGAGACUGCUAGAUCUCUAUUAGGGGAGCUCUACUGUCCCUCAGAGCUGAGAAUAAUGCUGCUGAGUGGCCGCAACACAGGCAGGAGCUCUGCUGGAAACACCAUCCUGGGCAGAGAGCACUUUAAAGUAGGGUGCCAUGCUACUGACUGUGUGGAAGGACAAGGAAAGGUCAGGGGUGAGACUGUGACAGUUUUAGACCCACCAGGCUGGCUGUCAGUGGGUCCUGGCUCCCUGAUGUCUCCCUCAGCCUCUGGGGUAACUGUGGUCCUGGUGGUUGUGAAUGUGAGCUCCUCCUUCAGCCACACUGUCUGGAGAACAGCAGAAAAACACCUGGAGGCACUCGGAGAAAACGUAUGGAAUAGAACCAUGGUCCUAUUCACCUUCGGGGACUGGCUGGGGGACACAACCAUCGAGCAGCGCAUUGAGAGUGAGGGAGAGCCCCUCCAGAGGCUUGUCGAGAAGUGUGGCAACAGAUACCACGUGUUGGACAGUAAGAACCAGGGGACUGGUGCACAGGUCACUGACCUGCUACAGAAGAUAGAGGAGAUGCUGGUGGAGGAGAGGUUGGAGGUUCUACGGAGAAGAGAACAGGUUGGGAAGAGUCUCACAGUGAUGCAGGAGCCAGAGAUGGAUGGAGUGAUGGGAGAGGGCAUAGAGGUCCUUGUAGCAAACCACACAGAUGCUCCCUUUCAUGAUGCAUGUGAGGUGGCUAGUUCAGAGGACCUUCUAACCCCAGAUGACUCAGGAGCCCCAGACUUUGGUGGACAGGAGUUGGCACCACCAGAGGCCAGCGGAGGAUGGUGGACUGAAGCAAAUCACUCCAUCCUUGAUGUGGAGGGGUUUCUGUCCAGUAUGGCCAGUGUGCUUCAGGGGAAUCAGGAGGGGCUGCUGUGGAACAUGGGGGGCAGACAGACGCUAGUGGUGACCCUCCCAGACUGUCUCCAUAUUGGACCUACUCAGAGCCAUCAUCUGAGAUGGAAUGGACAGAAUGGUAGAAAACCGGUCACCCUGUUAUCUCCAGGACACCAAGCUCUCCUCCUGGUCCAGCAACCCAAAGAACCAGAAAGAAUGCUGGUGAAGAACCAGGAAGACAUAGUGGAUAUACAGUCCCUUGGACACCCCAGGCUGAGGGACAGGACCCUCAAGGAGAUUGCCAGAACAGGAGGCAUGCAGUCCUUGAUUGUCCAAUGGGGGAACAGUAAUUUGGAGGAGCUUGAAUCCUUCAUUGACUCCUAUUUUCAAAUGGUGUGGAAGAAAACCAUGGGGUCUUUCAUAGUAGAGGAGGAGGACUGUCUCACCAGCAACAGCCCAGAGCUGAAUGAUGUUGGGGAGGAUCUUGUAAAUAAUGGUGACCAGGAGGUGCUGUCAUCCAUUGACAAGAAGCUGUCUAAGCUGGACCUCCUGGAAGGCAUGCAGAGAGACUUGCUGGACCUCAGACAGAGUCUGGAUCGCAGCUGUGACAUCAUACAGGAACUCAGUGACAAAAGUAAAGCAACACAGAAGCCUGCUGUUCCCUCUGAUGCAGGGGAGGCAGAAGUGGAGGAAAGUUGCUAGAGGAGAGAUGUUCAACAAUAACAUAAAUGAUAUAAAUGAAGUUAUAGAUUGUUUAAAAAAAAAUCUAAAUAUGCCCUAACAUCAUUGUUCAGGUAACAACUAAUUAACAGUAUUGAUUUAUUGAUGGAGUUAAUGCUAAUGGCGAGGCAGUAUAUUAACUUCAUGAUGUCAUGUGUUUCCACAAGGGGGAGCCCUCUGAUAAGCAAUUGUGGAGGGUUGGUCUCCUGCAUAGAUUACUGUAUCUAUUCACUACAUGAAAUAUUUCACUCCAUUAUUAUGCAAGAUUACCAGUCAUUUUAAAUCAGUUAUUGUAGAUAAUUUCCUAGAUGAUUAUUUUAUUUAUCUUAUGAGGCUUGUAUAAAGACAUAUCAGGGUCCAGAUGACAGCACGUGUCAUGCCAUAAAAGUAACAUAUUAUAUAUCAUGAAACAUAUCAUAGAGGCGAGUCUUUUUUUGUGUUUGCUCAUGAGACUUGUUUGAGUUAACGUAAAAAGAAUUGACAGCAACAAAGACUGAGAGCCGUGACCCUCUUAGGUGGUGGGUAAGCUGAGGAUGAAAAACUGUCUGACUGUGCUGUGGUGACUGUCUGCAGGUGCUGCAGCCCCAGCCUCAGCCCACUGGCUGAUGACUCAUCUCUCUACAGCAGAAGCAGAACAUGUACAGUAGAACUGGGCUGAUUCACAACUGGAAGGGAAACUGUAAUGUUACUGUAGGUCUUCACAUUGGGUAGCUACUGUUCAUAAAUAAGGGCAUGGAGUUUUUCCUCUUCAGGUUAGAAAACACUUCAGGUGCUAUUCAUAAUUGCUCUCCAUCUUGCAACAUGCUGAGAUGUGUGAGAGGGAGAGAGAAAGAGAGUGAGAGAGAAAGGGGGAGGAAUAGGGAGAGAGAGAGAGAUGCAGAAACAGAGCAUGUCCUAAAUUAUCUUCAAUCUCCAGUUAAUGAAAAACAGGAAGUUGGUUCAGGCAGACCAGACAUUGUGUUAGCUUAGAAUACCAUAAAGCUGGAAGGCUACAUUUCUAAACCCUUUCAGAAUUUGUCCAAGAGCCAGAGAGAUGAGUCACACAGACACAUACAGCGGCUAAUAGAUUUCUGGCUGGGUAAGUAAACACUUUGCAAAGCCUGGUGCAGUCAAGGUCAAUCUCUAUCUACCUUUAAAGCCAACAUGUAAGAACCUCAAAGUAAAGUGUUUUUAUAGGGCAAUUUUUAUUGAAAUCCAGAAAUGGCAAGAUGUUUUUGCCAAGCUAUUAUUUUUUUGACCCUCUAUUUUUUGUUGACCCUCUGAACGAGGUUACAACAUUGACAGAUUGAUGAAAAAAUAGAUGUUUUAUUGUCUCAUACACCAGAUAGGCAGUACUGUAAAAAAUAUUAAUACUCAGACAUUGUAGAAUGGGUGAAACUUAGGCCAAAAACCAGCCAGACAAUUGUACUUUCCUCUCAAUACUGUUUUUUUGUCAACCUCUAGUUUAACUCUCUACAUCCAAUAUUCACCUUUGUCAAUAGCAACACUGGGCUAUUUUAGAGUAAAGAAAUCCCACAGCCAUAAAGUGAGGCUCUUGGGGCAUAAAUGCACUUGUUUACUUUCUGACACAUAGCCUCGGCAUCCAGUCUCUUCCCUGGCCUGGUGUGUUUUUCCCUACUCAGACUAGAAGUUCCAUUCUGGGAGCAUGCAUUAUGCAGCGAUCCCCAGACUGCUUGGAGAGAGUGAGGAGGGUCCCACCUGGUGUGUUCAGAGUGCAUCUCCCCACCGCCCACCUUACUGGCCAAUGGGAGAGAGGGUUGUGACUGCCAUCCCAGCAUUGCCUGGACUGGAGAGAAAGGAGAGUAAGUACAAAAUGGUAAACAGAGAGGAUAUGGGAUGUUUUAAUAUGUUGUAAAACAACAGAUGUAAACUCCACUCUUAGGAAAAAAAGGGUUCCAAAAGAGUUCUUCGGCUGUCCCCAAAGGAGA